UGUCGCCGUUGCGGCUUCAGCUAAAUAUGAGUGCAGAUUUUCAACCCUUGCAGUAACGUCGCUCACGUAAUGGACUGGAGAAAUCACGUCUCCCAGUUCCUUUAAUAUGCUCCACGUCCCAGAGCUGAGGGCAUCACCGGACCAGUCUCAAAAUGACCACCGGCUUCAGCUCCGGUUCCUCCCGGUUCGCAGAUUAUUUUGUGAUCUGCGGACUCGACACCGAAAGCGGGCUGGAACCCGACGAACUGUCCGCUUUAUGCCAGUAUAUAGAGGAUACUAAAUUCAGAGAUGGGGCCAGAGGAAAAUUGGCGAGGUCAAACGAAGGUGAGAAUUUUGAGCAGAGUCCAUUACGGAGAACUUUUAAAUCCAAAGUCCUAGCACAUUAUCCUGACAAUGUGGAGUGGAAUCCAUUUGACCAGGAUGCAGUUGGCAUGCUCUGCAUGCCGAAGGGUCUGUCGUUUAGGACGCAGACAGACUCCAGAGAGCCUCAGUUCCACUCCUUCAUCAUCACCAGAGAGGACGGCUCUCGGACCUAUGGCUUCGCCCUCACUUUCUUUGAGGAGGUGACCAGCAAGCAAAUAUGCAGCGCCAUGCAGACUCUUUACCACAUGCACAACGCGGAGCAGUACGACAUCUUGCACACCCCCACCUCCCCAAAAGGACCAGAGAAGCAGGGGCUCCCCCAGACCCGUCCUGUGCUCCACGCCGCUCCGGCAAUCUCCCGCCUGCAGCGCUUCAACUCGUAUGACAUCAGCCGAGACACUCUGUACGUGUCCAAAUGCAUCUGCCUGAUAACGCCCAUGGCUUUUGCUCAGGCCUGCCGGAAGGUCCUGGAGCAGCUUCACCAGGCCGUCUCGUCCCCCUUACCCCCGCCACUGCCACUGGAGAGCUACAUCUACAACAUCCUGUACGAGGUGCCUCUGCCACCUUCAGGGCGCUCGCUCAAGUUCUCGGGCGUCUACGGCCCCAUCGUGUGCCAGAGGCCGAGCACUUCCGAGCUCCCACUCUUUGACUUCGCCAUCAGUGAAAUGUUUAACUUGCUCGGGGUGGAGAACGUUCUGCAGCUGUUUACAUGCGCCCUGCUGGAGCUGCAGAUCCUGCUCUACUCGCAGCAUUACCAGAGGCUGAUGACUGUGGCGGAGAGCAUCACGGCCCUCAUGUUCCCCUUCCAGUGGCAGCAUGUCUAUGUUCCCAUUCUGCCCGCUUCCCUCCUGCAUUUCCUGGACGCUCCGGUGCCGUACCUGAUGGGCCUACACUCAAACGGGCAGGAUGACCGCACAAAGCUGGAGCUGCCACAGGAGGCUAACUUGUGUUUCGUGGACAUUGAUAAUCAGUUCAUUGAACUGCCAGAGGAGCUGCCGCAGUUUCCCAACAAGCUGGAGUUCAUCCAGGAGAUCUCAGAGGUGCUCAUGUCCUUUGGCGUGUCUCCAGAGGGAAACGUUCACUCCAGCAACAGCCAGGCCAGGUACACCUUCCGAUCUGUCGACAUGGUGUCCGACAACCGCAACGGCAACCUGGGGCUACCUCUCAGCUCUUACCCGCUGAGGGAGAACGAGACCAUCGCCCGGCUACAGGCGCUGGUCAAGAGGACCGGGAUCAGCCUGGGGAAGUUGGAGGUGAGGGAGGAUGCCAGCUGCAACAAAGAUCCACGGGCUCAGUGUGACGAGGAAGAGCUAAAGAUGCACCAGCUCAACAUCCAGGUGCGUGAAGUCUUUGCCAACCGAUUCACGCAGAUGUUCGCCGACUACGAGGUGUUUGUCAUCCAGCCGAGUCAUGAUAAAGAGUCCUGGUUCACCAACAGAGACCAGAUGCAGAACUUCGACAAGGCCUCCUUCCUGUCUGAUCAACCAGAGCCCUACCUGCCCUUCCUGUCACGUUUCCUUGAGACUCAGAUGUUUGCCUCUUUCAUCGAUAGCAAAAUUCUUUGUCACGAUGAUGAGGAAAAGGAGCACACGCUGAGGGUGUUCGAUGGUCGCGUGGACAAGAUCCGCAUGCUGAACGUUCGCACACCGACGCUGCGGACCUCAAUGUACCAAAAAUGCACCAACAUCGAAGAAGCUGACGAGCCAAUUAAAAAACGUUUUGAAAAAGCUGAUUUUGUCGCUGCCGGACCGCAGGUUAUUGGACUGAAGAAAAGCAAGACCAACGAUCAGAAAGCCAUUGAGAUGAGAGUGGCGAAGAUCGACCAUACCGCCCUGCAUCCCCACCUGCUGGACAUGAAGAUCGGUCAGGGCCGCUACGAGCAGGGCUUCUUCCCCCGCCUGCAGUCAGACGUGCUCUCCACGGGACCAACCAGCAAUAAAUGGGCUAAGAGAAGCGCUCCUGCUCAGUGGAGGAGGCGAGACCGACAGAAGCAGCAUGCGGAGCACCUUUAUUUGGACAAUGACCAGAGAGAGAAAUACAUCCAGGAAGCCCGAAACCUGGGAACCACCAUCAGACAACCGAAGCUGUCCAACCUGUCGCCCUCCGUCAUCGCUCAGACCAACUGGAAGUUUGUUGAAGGGCUGUUGAAGGAGUGCAGGAACAAGACGAAGCGCAUGCUUGUAGAGAAGAUGGGUCGGGAGGCUGUAGAGUUGGGUCACGGCGAGGUCAGCAUUACGGGCGUUGAGGAGAACACCCUGAUCGCGAGUCUCUGUGAUCUGCUGGAAAGAAUCUGGAGUCACGGGCUGCAGAUUAAACAGGGUAAAUCAGCCUUAUGGUCCCACCUCCUGCAUUAUCAGGACAGCAAAGAGAAGAAUGCCACUCCAGGCGGGUUGGGACCUCCAGGCUUCAUUCACGACACGGAGCGGAGGAAAUCUGACGGCGGUGGAUCAGCCAUGCCCCCUCUGAGGAUCUCACUGAUUCAGGACAUGAGACACAUCCAGAAUAUCGGUGAGAUCAAGACUGAUGUGGGCAAGGCCAGAGCCUGGGUCCGCCUCUCCAUGGAGAAGAAGCUCCUUUCCAGACACUUGAAGCAGCUCUUGUCAGACCACGAGCUAACAAAAAAACUGUACAAGCGUUACGCCUUCCUCAGAUGUGACGAUGAGAAGGAGCAGUUCCUCUACCACCUGUUAUCCUUUAAUGCCGUCGAUUACUUUUGCUUCACCAACGUCUUCACUACGAUCAUGAUCCCUUACCAUGUGGUGAUUGUUCCCAGCAAAAAGCUAGGCGGCUCCAUGUUCACAGCCAACCCCUGGGUGUGUGUUUCUGGGGAGCUGUCAGAAACUGGAGUUUUGCAAGUACCCAGAAACACUUUGGAGAUCACUUUUGAGUGUCAGAACCUCGGAAAACUAACUACAGUGCAGAUGGGCCACGAUAACUCAGGACUGUACGCCAAGUGGCUUGUGGAGUGCGUCGUGGUCCGUAACGAGAUCACUGGGCACACCUACAAGUUUCCAUGUGGCCGCUGGUUGGGGAAAGGCGUGGAUGAUGGAAGUCUGGAGAGAAUACUUGUUGGGGAGCUGAUGACCCCCACCACGGAGAACGACGAGAGGAUGUGCCGCACACCACCUAUGCAGCAAUCUCCUGGGAUGAUGAGGAGAUUUGUUACCAUCUCACCAAGCAGCAAACCAAAGUUAAACACAGGCCAGAUCCAGGAGGGGGUGGGAGAGGCCAUCAAUGGGAUUGUGAAGCACUUCCACAAACCGGAGAAGGAGAGGGGCAGCCUGACUCUGCUGCUGUGCGGGGAGUACGGUCUCGUCUGGGCUCUAGAGCAAGUUUUCCUGCACGGUUUCAAGUCCCCUCGACUUUUCAAGAACAUCUUCAUCUGGGACUUUUUGGAGAAGGCUCAAGUAUACUUUGAAAGUGCUGAACAACGGGAGGCGACUCCAGAUGAAAACUGGCAAACCAGAGUGCGCCACUUCUGUCGAUUCAUGCGGGCCAUCAACAGCACGUCGAGAAACAUCGGCAAGGACGGAAAGUUCCAGAUGCUCGUCUGUCUGGGAGCAAGGGACCAUUUGCUGCAUCACUGGAUCGCUCUGCUCGCAGAUUGUCCAAUCACCUCCCAGAUGUACGAGGACGUUGCACUGAUUAAGGACCGCUCACUGGUAAACUCCCUGAUCCGAGUGCUGCAGACUCUGCAGGAGUUUAACAUUACCCUGGAGGCUUCAUUAAUCAAAGGCGUUGGCAUCUGAAACCAAACCACUGUCUUCAUCAGUCGUACCCAAAAAGGAAUAUCACUGAGGACCACUAAGAAGAAAAAGGAAUAAAUGAACAUUUUUUAUGCAGGAGCAGACUUGAACAAAGAACACUUUCUGGCUUAAUAAAGCUACUUUCACAUUUGCCAUAUGUUAAGUGCAAUGAGCCUUUCAAGAUUUGUUAUUUUUAUCCUGGAUGGUGAUAACGAUGCCAUUAGAUGUUAAAGAAUUAUGUUUUCUAUUAUGGACCAUGGUUUUCACAAUGAGGGUUGACCUUGUGCUCUAAUGUUUUACUGAAAGCUCAAUAUUUUCAUUGUUGCCGUGACUCGAUGACAGCAGUUAUAUUUAAGGGAAAGCUAGGAUUAAAACUGUUAAUAUAUUUUGAGAUAAAACAGUAUUAUUUUGUUAAAUCAGUGACGUUGCUUGCUCUGUUGUCAAAUCUGAUUUUUAAAUGUCAUAAUGCAGAGUUUAAAGCAAACGGUGUAGAAGUAUGCUUUAUAAGUAUGCGUAUGGCAGGGUGACUCAUGGAGACAUAAGGGAAUUUAAGUUUGAGUCUUUCCCAGGCAAACAUACAUACAUGUAUGUAUGCAAAUUUCUACAUGGAACGCCUUCACCUGAAGAAAAGGUCAUCCUAGCAUGAUGAGACUAUGCGGCUCUAGCCUGUGCCCAGUCACAAACGGUAUGAUCAACUGGAUUCGGGAAGAUCAAACCUAGUCUUGUGCUCUAAGAGAUGCUUGACACUGUUAUUUUUGCAAAGUGGUUCACAACUUCAGCCUUCAGUGUAUAUACCUCCCAGCAGCCCUUUCAUAUUACCAUCAUUGCAGCCCUUACACUACAUGUACUCUGUUCUUCUAACUACAAUCUGAUGAAAGGAGUCGUUCCAGUGCUGACUUCUGACCUCCUAAUAAUUGUGUGAAGAGCUCAAAGGACUGUUUUUAUUUCCACACCCUUGAUCCUAAUUUUUAUUUUAUUUUUGUCACCAUGGUUUCUGGCUAUGCAAUACCCACAAGAGAAAGACUGCGAUUUUACUGUUCUCUCCCCAUCCACAUAGAGAUUAACUUUUAACUUGCAGAAAAAGAGUUUUGACCAACUUCUUUUUGUGUGCCAAUGGCUUCUGGUAUGACUGUGUUGUACUCAUCUGUGUACGACCCAUAUGAGCAUCUUGGGAGAUAUAUAUUUUUCUUUUCCAAUACAGUUGUACAUUUAUCAACAUACUUGUGUAGUGUUUACUAAGUGAGCAACCAUGUACAGUGUAAAAAAAAAUAUUAAGAAUAAAGCAUCUGUAAAGUAUUUUUCUGGAAUUG